GACGUCAUUUGAUGUGAUAAAAUGGCGUCUGUGUCUGUGUCUACGUUAGUGACUGAGUUAAAUUAAUAAUUUCUUAGAAUAGUUCAGUGUUUAGUUCAAAUAGUGAGAUUUAAUAAGAUUCUAGAAGUGUACUUAAUAUUUUACGACUUCGAAAGGGGCUCUUAACGUUUUUAUAAGAGUGCGAUGUCCGAGGAGACAGAACGCCUUGGCGGGAAGUCACCGCCGGCAGUCGCUGAGAAUGGCAGCCCGAGCGGUGGAAGCGUGGCUCGGGUGCUGCUGACCUCGCAGCAGCUCGAGGCGGCCGCCGAGUCGCUGCGCGCCGCCUGGAGGUCCCAGGACGCGUACAUUGACCACCUCGAAUCGUUGAACAAACAGUUGGAAGGAAGCCUGGAAAAGGCGAAAGAGGUAGAAGAAAGAAUAAGGCUGCAAUACUCAGAGUCACAACAUAGGGAAAAAGUGCUUGUUCGAAGGCUAGCAGCUAAAGAACAGGAGAUACAAGACUAUGUUAGUCAAAUAACGGAGCUCAAAUCAUCACACGCAAGUCUGAACGGACGGCCCACGCUUCUGGACCCAGCCGUGAAUGUACUUAUACUGAAACUGAAGCAAGAACUGACGUCGACUAAAGCGCGUCUCGAAGAAACGCAAAAUGAACUCAACGCGUGGAAGUUCACCCCUGACUCUAAUACGGGGAAGAAAUUGAUGGCUAAAUGUAGGUUACUUCACCAGGAGAAUGAGGACCUGGGCCGCAUGACCAGCAGCGGGCGGAUAGCCAAGCUGGAGGGGGACCUCGCGCUGCAGAAGAGCUUCAGUGAGGAAGUGAAGAAAUCACAAUCAGAGCUGGACGAGUUCCUGCAGGAGCUGGACGAGGACGUGGAGGGCAUGCAGAGCACCGUGCUGUUCCUGCAGCAGGAGCUGCGCGCCGCGCACGCCGCGCACAACGGCGCCCGCUCGCCCGCGCCCGACGCGCCCAAGCGGCCCUACUCGCCCGCCGGCAGCGACCCGCCGCGCGGCAAGCGGCGACGCGCCUCGGUCUUGUCACUAGACUACAACGAGGACGAGGAACCCCUCACCGUCACCAACGGAGACGCUGACUAGCCUCCACUCAGUGAAAUAUGAUGUUUACAUGUUUAUACCAUGUUGAUGUUCGAAUCUAGGGAUGAUUGGUUAAAACGUUUGAGUGGUGUCCUGGUGAUGUGUUAAUGCACUCCCAUGUGAAUGCUUAUGUACUAGUUAAUGUUGAGAAGUGUAUUCCAUUAAAUUGAUGUACUUUCAUUAGAAGACAAAUUGAAACAAAUGAUUGUGUCAUUUGCACUGACAAUCGAUUGGUGAUGUGUUGAAUGUGCAUGCAAAUGAGAAAACAUUGGUAAAACUCAAGUUUGCGUUUUAUGCACAACAGUGGACCAUGUGAUCAGAUUUAAUAGUGAAUCGUUUUUGACAUUGUUUUAUACAUUUAUGAAUUUUGAAGACAGACACUCAGUUGACAAUUUUAUAAUUUAUUUACUAUAAGUGCAUUAUUUGUGAUAUAUAACUGAAAUCCUUGAUAAAUGAGCAAUAACUGUUGACUUUUAUUUGCCAGCAUUAUUUGAAUGGCGCGAAUAUUGUUAUGUAUAAUAAUAUGCCAUAAUUAAUAGGUAAGUAAAGAAUAAAUGAAGUCAGUCUGUUGAUUCAUAGUGAAAUUAAAUAACACCAAACCAUGUUUUAUGAAUAAUUGCCUCAUAAUUUAAUGAAAUUUGCGAGUUUCUACAUAGAAUGUUUCUAUUUUCAAAUUACAAUGAAUGUACAUUAUAUAGAACUAUGUUAAUAAACAUAUAUUACUGGCAUCA